AUGGGUUCAAUACGAGGCAGUUUGCACCGGCGUAAUUUUAUAAAUAAUCAAAUGGAUGAUAUGCCCAUGGAUACAAUAGGGCUGGUUUCACCAAUCAAUGCGUUCUUACACGGCAAUUUCAGUAAUGACGAUAAUGAUUAUCCUGAAAAACCCUUACGAUCGAACACGAAACUUAUAAUAUUCAGUCUGGUGAUGCUAGCGUUUGUAUCCGCGCUAAGUGGCUACCUGAUCGGUCAAGCGGACUAUACUCCGUCAAAGUUCACUGAGCCCGAAGACCCUGAACAGCCGUUACCUCCAUCACCAUCAUGGCUUCACGUGUUCCAGAAGGCAGCUGUCUGCACAGACGCGCCACAUUGCUCAGGAAUCGGCAGGGCCAUUCUGUCAAUAAACGGUUCAGCAGUGGACGCGGCUAUUGCGGCUAUGUUCUGCAAUGGUCUACUCAAUCAGCAGAGCAUGGGUAUAGGAGGCGGGUUCUUCAUGACGGUUUAUAUCAAGGAAGAAGAGAAGGCAUACUCAGUUAUCGCGAGGGAGAAGGCUCCGGCUGCAGCGAAAAGGGACAUGUUCAAUGGAAGCUCACAUGAAGCCUCCAAAGGUAGCCUUUCUAUUGGGGUGCCGGGUGAAGUACGUGGCAUGUGGGAAGCCCACAAGCGUUGGGGAAGACUGCCGUGGGAGAAGCUGAUCAAACCAACUCUAGAGUUCUGCAAAUACGGCUUCACCAUCUCCAAGGCGAUGUACGACGGAAUAUUGAGCGCGAAGUACAUCAAGAAUGAUCCUACGCUAAGGAGAAUGUACUGGGACUCUUCGAAGAAUGCGUACCACCGCCCAGGCACCCUCGUCACGCCAAGUCCAGCGCUCUGUAGAACUCUCGGUAGGAUUGCAAAGAAGGGUGGUGACGAAAUGUACACCGGAUCAUUGGCUGCUGAUCUCGCUGAUGAUCUCAAUAAGAUGGGAAGCAUCAUCACCGCUGAGGACCUAAAGCUAUAUCAGCCAAAGAUAACGGAACCGUUGGUUAUGCCGCUUGGUAACGGCGACGUCUUAUACACACCUCCACCACCAAGCAGUGGCGCCAUCUUGGCUAACAUCCUGAACAUACUAAGCGGAUACAACUUCACUAGCGAAGAUAUACAGGGAACGGAAAACAAGAUACUCACGUACCACAGGAUCAUUGAGGCUUUUAAGUUCGCGUACGCAGCUAGAACCAGACUGGGGGACAUGGAUUUCUUGGAUUUAGAAGGGUUCAUCAAGAACCUAACGUCAACGGAGUACGGGAUGGAAUUGAUGAGGCAGAUCGAUGACUUGAAGACGAGUAAUGACAGCAGUCACUACGGAGCGACUUCAUACAACAAACCUGAUCACGGAACAGCUCACAUCUCAGUCAUAUCUGAGGAUGGGGACGCCGUUUCCGUCACGAGCUCCAUCAAUUUCUACUUCGGUUCAGGUGUCACGGCAACCAACACCGGCAUUUUGUUGAACAAUGUCAUGGACGAUUUCUCAUCGCCCGGCUUCACGAACUACUUCAACCUUGAGCCCUCGCCAGCCAACUUUAUUGAACCUCAUAAACGACCCAUGUCCACAAUGUGCCCUAGCAUCAUCAUCGAUAGAAAUGGAAAUGCCAAAAUGGUGAUCGGAGCCGCCGGUGGCACAAAGAUAGCUUCAGCGGUAGCUUUGGUGACAAUGCGGAAACUUUGGUUCGGACAAACAAUAAAAGAAGCCGUAGAUGAAGCACGAAUUCAUCAUCAAAUAUUUCCAAUGCAUGUUGAAUACGAAUACGGAAUCAUUCAGGACAUCAUCAAAGGAUUGCGCGCUAAAGGUCACGGUAUGGUGCGUUACCGCGGCAGAGGAUCUGUUGUGUGCGCCCUCUAUCGGAACAAGACCGGCAUCUACGCCAACGCGGACUUCAGGAAGGGCGGCGAUGUCUCUGGCAUCGAUUAA